AUGAUGCAAAUGGAAAAUCUGAAGGAGGCUUUGCGUUUUAUCUGCUCUUCCGAUUUCUGGAGGAUGGCUCUGUUUUGGAACAUUGCCCUUCUCUAUUCUUACUUCCAAUUGCUUAAAAGAAGCAUCUUUGGCUCGAAAUCCUCUUCUUGCUCUAAUCAUUCAUGGAAUAGCUCACGCAGACCUAUCUGUGUUAUCACUGGUGCUACUUCUGGUCUUGGUAAAGCCACAGCAAUUGCUCUUUCAAGGAAAGGCUUCUACGUCGUUCUUGUUGGACGGUCCUCGCACUUGCUAUCAAAGACGUUGAGUGAAAUCAAGAAGCAGAAUGAGGAUGCACAACUCAAGGCUUUUGAAGUUGACAUUUCUUCUUUUCAAUCAGUUUUAAAGUUCAAAUAUUCUCUAGAGCAAUGGCUUUCAGAAUCGGAUUUACAUUCUUCAAUCCAAAUUUUGGUGAACAAUGCUGGAAUAAUGGCAACAUCGAGUCGUCCAACCAACGAAGGCUUUGACAGGAUGAUUGCUACAAACUAUGUGGGAGCUUUCUCUUUGACGAAACUUCUCCUACCGCUCCUGAGAAACAGCCAUGUGCCUUCACGAGUCGUCAAUGUUACAUCAUUUACACAUCGUUCUGCUUUCGCUGCGAGGUUUGACAAGGAUUCUGUUAGUGGAGUGAACUUUUCAAGAUCAAAGAACUAUCCUUUUACUAGGAUCUAUCAGUAUUCUAAACUAUGCCUUCUACUUUUCUCUUACGAGCUGCAUAGACAACUUCGCCUCGCAGAUGAUUCACAUCACGUCUCUGUUGUAGCGGUAGAUCCAGGAGCAGUGGAAACAAACAUAAUGCAUGAGCUUCCUUCAUACAUACAAGCCAUGGCGUUUUUCUGUCUCAAGAUCCUUAGACUCAUGCAGUCCUCAGAGGACGCAGCUGAAUCUGUUAUUGAUGCUGCUUUAGCUCCACCUGAAGUAUCAGGCAAAUAUUACUUUGGAGGAAAAGGAAGGACCAUCGAAUCUUCACCACUUUCCCGUGAUCCGAAACUUGCUAAGGAGCUCUGGGACACAUCUUGUCACAUACUUGACGAGUUGCGGCAUGCUUACACUUGA